GAUUUCUCCGUCUCACAUCACCAACUCUUGGACAACCCGGCUUAAAUCCGUCAAGCUUUGUGCGCAGGAAAAAUGACAGAACCUGAGCGCCGGCGCCGGCGACCUGCGGUAUCAUGUACGAGUUGCAGGAAGCGUAAGGUUCGAUGCAACAGAGAACAGCCAUGCAAUCACUGUACCAAAUCAAAGACCGAUUGCAGAUACGAAGGCCACCCAGCACUAGCACAACGCCAAUCCACGCUAUCAAGCGAUACCUCCCUUCCCACUACUGCCAUUGCUGGAGUAUCAAAUGCUUCUACGCCAUUGAUGCGCAGUAGUUCGGGGGCUUCAAGUGAUCAAGUUUCUAUACUCGAACUUCAAUCCCUGAAGGAGAAGAUCAAACAGCUUGAACAACAGAUUUCUCGAGGUUCCUCGGCAGUGGCCCCGUCUCCAGCUCCUAGCUCAUCCCACGCAGAAAUACUAGAUAUUGGACCUAUUGGAUGUUUCACAGUGCAUGGAAGCUCUGUCUUCGGACAUCCUCAAUGGCUUCCUCGUAGUAUUACACAUAAGACGCGUCUCUAUGGGCAAAGUCACUGGAUCCAUACGGCCGCUUUAUUCAAGGAUGUACUCGAAAGAUUUGAGCCGGCCACGCGCGAUGAAUCUUCUAAAGGGAUAUCCGGAUUGCGAAAGUGCAAGUCGUUGGCCACAGUCAUCAAAGCACAGAGAACUCCGCCAUGGCCGUUGCCGCCCACGACUACCCUACCAACAAAGGAGGUUGCCGAUGAGUUGAUCGAAUCCUAUCUCCGUACGAUAGAAAGGGUUUACCGGAUUCUUCACAUUCCUCUAUUCCGCGCUGAUUAUGAAAAGCUCUGGGUUCCUGAUACCCAGUAUGAUAUCGCUUUCCUUGUCCAAGUAAAGUUGGUACUGGCUCUGGGCGCAAUAUUCUACGAUGAUACAUUCUCAUUACGCGAAACGGCACUACGGUGGAUAUACGAGGCGCAAACUUGGCUCUCAGAGCCGGAGUUCAAAUCAAGACUUGGCCUUCAAUACUUGCAAACACAUUUGCUACAUUUACUCGCGCGGGAAUUCGUUAACGUUGGGGGAGACUACACAUGGGUUUCUGCUGGUUCCGUGCUCAGAAUUGCCACCUAUAUGGGCUUGAACCGUGACCCUGCCCAGAUACCGAGUAGGACGAGACUUUGUUGUGAGAUGCGCCGAAGGUUGUGGAACACAAUCCUUGAGUUGGCGUUGCAAUCAAGUCUGAUGCUCGGAGCGCCACCCUUGAUUACCACAAAUGACUUCGAUACUCAACCUCCGGGUAAUUUUGAUGACGAGGAUCUGCUGGAAUCUGAGAAACCAGCACCAAAGUCGGAGACAGAGUACACCCAAACCUCUAUGGCUAUUGCAUUGAGAAAAUCUUUCCAGACAAGACUGUCCAUAGCCAAAUUCUUGAACGACUUGAACCCGAAUCCCACAUACCAGGAAGCUCUUCGGCUGCAUUCAGAGCUUCACCAAGAACUGAAAGAUCUACGACGCACGCUGUCAAAGUAUAAGCCGGGUUCCACUUCGAAACAAUCGAUAUUUGAGGUCAAUACAGUCGACUACCUGAUGAAUCGUUAUCUCUCAUCUGUACAUACUCCAUACUUAGGCUAUGCAAUGCAGGAGGCGAGCUAUGCGUUCUCGAGAAAAGCUGCGGUCGAGUCAGCACUCAGGAUACUUUACGCGGGAGGGUCAAUAACGCAGAGUGCGUCCCAAACAGCCAACUACCACCAACAAAAGCCCGAGCUGAAUGAUCUACCGCGGUUAAUUUGUCGCGGUUCUGGUUUCUUCCGCACCAUCACGAUUCAAGCACUAUUAGUAAUCGUGGUCGAAGUACGAGCUCAAUUGCAGGAGGAAGAAGGUUUAGGUUCAAUGCCAAUUCGACCAGAUCUGAUUUCAGCCGUGGAAGAACUACGAGUGUGGAACCUCAAAUCCAUUAAAGCUGGAGAAACAAACAUCAAAGGACAUCUUUUUGCAAACAUGAUUGUGGCUCAAAUUGACGGGCUUAGGCAAAGGUUGGACGAGAAUGAGAUGACACAACUGAUCAUAGCAAAAGCUGAAGAAUCGAUUGAUACUUGCUUGUCGAUAUUAGAGGAACUAGCUGCGCAGGGCAGCCCGCAGAAGUCCUCAAGCACAGUAAGCUCAUGGGGAAAUACGAACCCAAUGGAUGAUUGGGAUCUCAUGACAUUAGACGGCCCUUUACCUUUUGAUCUCGAAGACCCAAUGAACUGGUCAAUAGAUGAUACUAUCAUGGAGAAAGCACCGUUCUGGUAA